AUGGCGACACAUGAUGAUUUUGCAGCAGCUAAGUGCCGUGCCCCCGUUGCUGUCUACUGUGGGAGCAUCCCCGAAGUCAAAGCCAGACGCCGAGCGCUACGGGGAGGAAGCAUCGAUUCCAACUUGCAGCUUUGUGGUAGCAGAUGGACCACAGCAGACGAAGGUGAGGGCGGAAAGGGGGCCAUUUCUCCUCUGGAGGGCCAAGACAGCAAGAGUAGCCUGCAAAAUCUUGACACCAGGGCCAGAGGUGACCUCUCGCAGCUUCCUAGCCCAGCCUUGAAACAGGAACCCAGAGAAAGGGAGGUGAGCAGCGCCGCCAUGGAAACUGCUCAGAUCAAGGACAAGCUGAAGAAGAGAAGGAUGUCUGAGGGCCUGUUAGUGCUGCAGAGAGGCCUCUUGGACAGCAGUGACCCUGUGGGGCUUGCCUUGAAGCCAGCCGUUUCCAGGUCAGCUUCCCAGAGGCUCCUGGUAAUGUCCAAGCCCAUGCCACCCAUCCAGCACGGCCCUCUGUCCUCUGAGACUGGCGAGGUGAGCAACGGAGAGCCUAAGGACUGUGAGAACAGCACAGAUGGCGGAGGCAACGACAAGAGCCACGAGGGGUUGAUGUUAGAGGCUCGCCUGCAGCCCUGGCGUUGCAGCGAGGAGGAGGAGAUGAGGAAGCUGCGAGGGGUGGCUGUGGUCCCCCCCAUCACCAAGGUGGUGAGCACACCAGAUGGAGACCCUGGCAGUGCUGCGGGGCCUCCCGUGGACUGUCCACAGCCACUUCCGCAAGAGCCGCUGCAGGAGAGGCCAAGAUCAGGCAGCAGAGCUGAGGAGAGGACCCUUAAGCCUCUGGAGCUCAGGACGCUGGAACCUGUCCUACCUGUUCCCCACCAUCGCAUCGCUGGGGGUGUGAAGUCUGCUGGCCACUUGUCUGAAUCUCUGUUGCCAUGCACCAGCCUCCCCGUCAGCUGGGCCGUGGGGACGGACCAUCUAGCGAGCCCUCGCCUCCUGAGGGAUGACGACUGGAAGGAGAGCAACGGACGGAUCCAUGUUACCAUAUCCAAGUCAGCUCAGGAGAAAAUGCGCCAGAAGCAAAUGAGAGAGAUGGAGCUUUUGCGUAGAGAGAGAGAGAGAGAGAGAAAAAAGGAGAAGCCCUUGCAGCUCCAUAUGCAGAGUGCUGACCCUGCAGGUGCUGAUGAAGAAGGCUUUGGCCCGCUGCACGUCAACGGGACGGUGUCCGUUUCGUCCAGCACGAGCAAUGCGGGCAGAGCUGGUGUUGGCACCUCACUGAAGAAGCGGGUCAACAGGCCAUCCCUGCCCAGCAUCCCCACCAUCAGCAGGGACGGCGGCUUCCCGCGCCAUGCCUCAGCGAACUCGCUGCCAGCCAUCGCCCUGGGCUGCCCGGAGUGGGGAGAGGAGCCCGAAGAUGGGGAUGCAGCGAGACCCUUCUUGGAGCCGGAGCAGGGGCUGGGCGACGCGCUCGCCUGGCUCGGCAGCAGCGACUGGCAGCUGAAAGGGAAAGGGCUCUUCAGCAUUAGACGCCUGGCUAUCUGCCACUCAGAAAUCCUUCUUUGCAGACUUCAUGACGUUUCUCUGGCAGUUACCAAAGAGGUGAACAACCUCCGCUCGAAGGUGUCUCGAUUUGCAAUUGGUACUCUUGGAGAGCUCUUCAGGACCAUGAAGAAGCACAUGGACCAGGAGGUGGAGGAGACCGCUCGGGCCUUGCUCCAGAAGGCAGGGGACUCCAGUGAAUUCAUUCAGAAAGCAGCUGAUCGAUCCCUUGGGAUCAUGGUGGGGAGCGUGACUCCCACACGGGCAAUGGCUGCUCUCAUGGCUGGUGGGGUCAAUCACCGAAACGCCCUUGUCCGGAGAUGCGCUGCUGAACACUUGCUGACCGUAACGGAGCAGAUUGGAGCCGACAGGCUGCUGUCGGGCUCCCGCGAGAGCACCGAGCUGCUGGUGCAGGCGCUGGUGAAGCUUGCCCAGGACUGCAACCAGGACACGAGGUUCUAUGGACGGAAGAUGCUGAACAUACUGAUGAAUCAUCCGAAAUUUGAUGUGUAUUUGAAACAGUCUCUCCCGUCACAUGACUUGCGAGAUAUUAUGGCAACGAUUAAGCAGAAAGGGAUAGAAGACCAUAUAUCUGAACCUCCAUCUGCCAAAGGCCGCAGGGAAUCUAGGAACAGCAGUUUGACGACAUCCCAGGACACCUUGCCUUCUGAUGAAGGGUCCAGCUCUGACGUCCUUGCCUUACCCCGUCAGAUAGCCCGGCGUACGUCACUUCGCACUGUGGAAGAGAUUGAACAACUCAAAGAGCUUAACAAACUCUUGACAGCAAAGGAGUUUCAGACACGAAUGGAAGGAGUUGUGCUCCUCCUAGAUCACUGCAAAAACAACCCCCAGCUCAUCUUGGCAAACAUUGUCCAGAUUUUUGAUGUUUUUGUCCUGAGACUUCAGGAUUCCAACAAGAAAGUGAACCAGCAGGCGCUUGAGUCCCUUGAUGCCAUGAUCCCCCUCCUUGGGGAUGGCUUGCACCCGGUGCUGGUCCCUGUAGUAGCAGCAGUCACCGACAACCUGAACUCUAAGAAUGCAGGGAUUUAUGCAGCAGCUGUGAAGGUGCUGGAUGCAUCCAUUGCACACCUGGAUAAUGUAUUACUGCUGCAAGCAUUUGCCAACCGAGUGCGUUUCCUCAGUGGCCGAGCCAUGCAGGAUGUCACCGACCGGCUGUCAGUGCUGGUGGCGUCCGUGUCGCGGCGGAGGCGGCCGGCGGUCGAGCGCUACGCCCUGCCCGUCCUCUGGCACCUCCUGGGCGGCAUGAUCGGCAACGGGGUCCUGCCCGGCCGCGGCGGGAACGUCCGCAGCGCCGUCGCCCGGCUGGCCGGCAGCCUGCACGCCGAGAUGGGCGCCGGCCUGGCCGAGCGCGCCGCCGGGCAGCCCCCGCACGUGGCCAAAAGCCUCCGCGACGUCUUGGAGCUGCAUCUCCGGUGA